UCUUGUCUUGUGUUUUCAUUGUUUAUUUACAGUCUGUUAUAAUCUGAUUGCUUAAAAUUAACAUGAUUACAGUCUGUUAUAAUUUGAUUGCUUAAAGUUAACAUGGUAUCAGAGCUUUAUGUUCAUUCUAAAUAGUCAGAUUAUUAGUUGUCCUUCACUUUCAGUUUGCUGUUUUAGUUUUGCAAGAUGGUUACAGGUCUGAAAGUAGAGGACAGACUUGAAGGUGCCCUCAAUUUUACAUCAUGGAAGGUUCGUGUCCUCCUUGCUCUUGAUGAAUUAGAGCUGUUACAGUUUGUGGAAGACAAGGAUCUGACUGAACCUUUGGAUCCGAAAGAACUGAAGCAAUUCAGGAAAAAUGCUCUCAAGGCAAAGAAGUUCCUUAUUGAUUCCGCAAAGGAUCAUCUUGUUCCAGUUAUCUCCAAAUUGAAGUCAGCCCGAGAGAUGUUUAAACAUCUAGAACGGAUGUAUGAGAUCAACAACAUCAGCCGAGUACUUACAUUGAGGCAGCAACUUCUUCAAGUCAAAAUGAGCAAAGGAGAUUCAGUCAUGUCCUUCUUCAUGAAGAUUUCAAAAUCAAAGGACCAACUCAGCGCCAUUGGAAGCGAAGUUGUAGACAAAGAUAUUGUCAGGAUUGCUUUGAAUGGUCUUCUUGACUCUUGAGAUCCAUUUAUUCAAAGCAUAAGUGGAAGAGCUGAAUUUCCUUCCUUCGAUCGCCUCCGAUCAGAUUGCAUUCAAGAGGAGUCAUGCCUUGCUGCCAGAGGAAUGCAUAAAGGCUCUCAUGGAGGAGAUCAACAUGUGCUUGCAUCUCAACAUGUCAAAAGAAAGGGAGGCCAUUGGAAGAAGAACAACUUCAAAAGAGAUAGAGACUUCAGACCUCCUGCUUAUGAUUCAAGGAAGAAGCCAAGGGAUCUUUUACGUGUCCGUUGCUUCAAAUGCGACAAGUUUGGACACUAUGCUAAAGAAUGUCAGAAUCCGCCCAUGCAAGGAGAGGCCAACCUGAAUGAAGUUGCAAAUUUAGAGGAGAAUGAAGGCUACCUCUUCAUUUCUGCCUUGUCCAGCAAUGUGCCAACCGAUAGCAACACUUGGUUGAUAGACAGUGGUGCAUCUAGACACAUCACGGGAUAUCGAGAGCAUCUCUCAAACUUGAUGGAGAAAGAGUCCAACCUUCAUGUGGUAAUUGGUGAUGAUGCCCAAUAUUCGAUUCUGGGAAUUUUAAUAAGCCACAACAAUGGGAGAAAGGAAGGUAUUAAACAAAUACUAUCCUCCAGAUUUUGAUCCCUCCCAAAUACCGAGAAGAAGGCAGCCCAAGAACCAACAGAUUAAAGUGCGUAUGAUGCUCCCCAUGAGUAUUCGCUGCAAUACUUGUGGGAAUUAUAUUUACAAGGGUACAAAGUUCAAUUCUCGCAAAGAGGAUGUUAUUGGAGAGACAUAUUUAGGCAUCCAAAUAUUCAGAUUCUACUUUAAAUGUACAAAGUGUUCAGCCGAACUGACCAUGAAGACAGAUCCGGAAAACUCCGAUUAUGUUGUGGAGUCAGGUGCAAUGCGGAACUUUGAACCUUGGCGUGCUGAAGAUGAGGAAGUAGACAAGGAACAGAAGAAGAGAGAUGCCGAGGAGAUGGGUGAUGCAAUGAAGUCACUUGAAAAUCGUACCCUAGAUUCCAAAAGAGAGAUGGAUAUACUUGCUGCUCUUGAUGAGAUGAAAUCCAUGAAGGCAAGGCAUGCAACCAUUAGCACGGAUGCAAUGCUAGAGGCUCUGCGGCACACUACAGAAGAAAAGGAAAAGAAACUGGAAGAAGAAGAUGAAGCCCUUAUCAAAUCUUUAUUUCUCCAGGAUUCUAAAAACUUUGUGCGAAGGAUUAAUGAUGAUGAUGAAGAGGAUGAGUACGACAUUGGAAACACGCAAAAGUUGGAAAAAAAAAAUGCCCAUGAACUUAAGAGGAAAAGGGAUGUAAAUUCUGACGAUAUGGAAAGCAAAGAGAAUCCAGCUAGUAUCUUGACAGGAAGCAGUACUAAUCAUGAUGGUAAACGAGAGAGCAAUGGUGGUGGCACUUCAAAAGCAGGAUUUGCAUUUAAAGCCAGUCACGUGGCCUUCUCUGUAAAGAAAAGGAGUACAGAAAAUUCAAAUGAAGCUCAAAAAAAGGCAGUGGAAAAGUCCAAUUUAAAUUGCGUAACUGAAGAUAGUACCACAAAUACAUGCUUGUCCUCUCUUUGUGCAGCUUAUGGUAGUGACUCAAGUGAAUGAAAUGAGGCAUAUUUGUGUACUUGCACAGAGAAGUCAUUUUCGACUACAGUGCAUCAUGUUGUAAUUUUAUAGGCUUGGAAAAUAUACUCAUUUUCUUGGAUUGUGCAAACAAACUACAUACCAACAAGAAAAUCAAUUACAGGAAAUGUUUCUGAAGUUAAUUA